GGAUCAGGAAGGGGCGGAAUUGGAGGGAGAGGACGUGGAAGGAGGAACCAAGAUGGCGGUUCUAAUGACAACGAGGAUAAACCUGCAAGCUGGAGCACCGGUUCGGGUAAUACUGGAGGGUGGAGCAGCAGUGGUGGUGCAGGAUCUUGGAGCCGAGGAGGUGAUGAGAAGAACCAGCAGCAGAGUUGGAAGACGAACAAUGAAGGCGGUGACCAAUCCGGUGGUCAGGGAUCGGGUUGGAAGGAACCAAGUGGAAAUGAACAAAAUACUUGGAAAUCAUCUGGCGCUUCUGGCUGGAAUAAAUCAAGUGCAGGCAAGGAUAUCGAAGAGAGCGGCAGUCAGAAGAGCAGCUGGGGGCAAGCAGCAGCAAAGACAGAUGCUCAAGCUGGUGGAGGUUGGGGCAAGUCAGCAUCAGGUUGGAAUGGAGGAUCUGAAGAUCAAACAACAAAGAAGGAUGACAAUGCAGGUGCUAAAGAUGGAGGUUGGCAGAAGCCUGCUUCUCAUGGCAACAACUGGAAAUCUUCAGAGACUUCUGGCGAGGGCCAAUCUUCCACCUGGAAGCAAUCAACCACGCACAACGAAACCGACACUGGCCAAAACAGCAACCCGAGCCAAGAAGCCAAUGCAGGUGCCACCCAAGGAGGAGGAGGAGGUUGGGGGAAGCCUGCAUCAAGUUCUGGAGCUUGGGGAAAAUCCAGCUCUGCAGACGGGGGAAAGUCGUCAUCCGAUUGGGGUCAGUAAUGGAUGACAAUAAUCUCUAAAUCUACGUUUUGUGGACAAACCAAAAGGAAGUACACUCUUAAGACUGUUUUCUAAGGCCAUUAAUGGAUCUGGUACUCCUAGUCCUUGUUAAUAUCUUUAUAAUACUCGAAAUAUUCGUAAACUAAGCUAUCAUUCUGUGUAGUUUCAUAUCUUUGAGCAUGUUUGAUUAACUAGGGAAGUUGUAGGAUCUAAUAUCUUAACUUUUCGUGCAUUGGUUGUCUGAUUCAGUCAGUUUCUUGGAAGAAACUUGGCUUUGGUUUUUGGUAUUUGUUAAAGAAGGAAUUGUGCAGUAGAAUGAAUGUAGCAGAUCUUUUCCCUCUCCCCUCUCCUUAUGAAAGAGAGGGAGAGAAUUUGUAAUCCAUGUGCUAUGUUGCAGUUGCAGACAA